AAUGUAUUUGCAAGAAUUAAAAGAUUUUCAAUUACAAGCAAUUCUUUAAGAUAUAAAUUUAAACAAGGAACUUUUCAUAUUGAUAAUGUUUUAAAAAAACAUCAUAUGAUAUGGUGUAUUGUUGCAUUUUUAGUUAAUUGUUAUUCAGAAAUUAGAACAUUCUAA